AUGUCAUCGGCGUGGACGAAGGGGGAUCGGAGAGCCAAGAAGCAGCUCGAGCAAUCGCUCAGUUCCGAUCAGGAUGACCACGUCACGCGGUUUGCGCUCGUGCGUUUGCUCGCGAGCAAGGCCGACCCUGCUGCCGCUGAGGAACUCAUACGUGGACCUGGGGUCGAAGACAGGCUGCUGGCGGACCCGAACACUCGUGUGGCCAUGCUUUCGUCGCUGGGAGGGGCCUAUUUAAUUUUGUGGCGGGCUCGGGGGGAAACAACAUCCGGGUCAACCGGCAGCAGGGCCGGGGGCGGUCAGGGAAAGGAUACCAGAGACGUGGUCGAGAUCAGAUUGGACGUGUCAUCGGAGAGGACCGAUUUACUUCAUCGGGCGCAGCAUUUCCUGGAAGAGGCUCUGAUGGCUCCCGAGAACUUGAACGACCCCGCCAUACGAGCUCAAGUCGCUUUCUGCAAAGAAGCACGUGGGGACUGCAAGGAAGCCCUGGCCCUGUACGCCAGCAUUAUCUCCGACUCGGCGCUGUCGCCGGGGGCCUCUGCCGUAAUCUUCCGCACUUCCGUGCUGCUGGCCUAUGUCGGACGGUUCGACGAGUGUGUCAGGUAUUUGGAGUUUAUCGAGGGACAACCGCCGAAGGGGUGUAGUAUGCUUCUGGUACAAGCGUUACUGUAUGCGUGCUUCGUGUCCUUAGGCCUCGAGAUGAAGGCCUCCCGGCGCCUGAUCACCCUCCGGGAGGCGUACAACGACGAGUACACCGCCGGUCGGAUGGGGGGAGGGUUUAGCCGGGACGAGAUUCCAUGGGAUCGACUGCCCGGGUGGUUUUACAUGUGGAGGGAAUUAGGUGUCAAGAGCCUUCGCGCCGGUGACUACUACGCGGGCAUACAGAUGUUUUCACAAGCGACGCUGCAGCGAGAGGAUCCCGAGACCAUGGUCUGCACCGCAGAGAUGCUUUGGGUUUUAGGCGAACCAAAGCACGCCUUGGCGCUGUGUGAGAGGGCGUACGCAGCCGAUCCACUGCACAUUGGAGCACAGUGGCGACUGACCGGUUGGGCGCCCAAUAAGUGGAAGGACAGAAUUGUCAAGGAGGAGGAACGGCGCGAAGCUAUUACCGAGAUGCGGCGGCUGGCUGACCUGUCGGACAGAAAGGCAGGCGCCAUGCUCGCUCGACGACGGCGCAGGGAGAAGGCUCGGUUCCUGCGCGCCUGGCGACGCCUUCACGAGAAGCGCAAGCAUCGCAGGCGUACAAGCGCAGAGGACGAGGAGGCAAGGGGGGGAAGGAGGAGGCGGGACGACACCACGACCUCCAGGAGCAGCGGAAGCGAUGAGUUCUCGCAGAGUGACUCGUCGUCCUCACGCUCCGGCUCGUCUUCUUCGUCAGGCUCGGCAAGAUCUUCCCGCUCCGGUGACGGUCCGUCGAGAAGCGAUCGUUCUUCGUCGUUCUCCUCCUCUCUGUCGGCGAAGGAACAAUUGGAGCGCUCCGCCGAUGAGAAAUCGUCGGCAUCCUCCGCGCCCGUCCCCGAACCUUUCCCCGUGCCUUCGGCGGCCGAGGCUGCGGAAGCCGGCCGAUCGAACUUCUCGGCCUGCUUCCGAGCUGAAACGGAGCGCGCGAUGCGACGAAAGCGAGAGGCCAAUGAACACCACCGGGAGAUGCCGAUGGACAUGGCGUCGGUGAAAGUCGCAGCGGAGGCGAUACACGAGGCCAUGCGCGGAGGUGGUUGGAAGACGGGCACGAACGGCGCCCGCAGCGGCUUUGCAACGCACGAGAUGCAUGCACUAGCGCGUUUCCAGUGGCACAGAAAAACCCACGAGGCGAAAAUCACCAAGGUUGUCUACGGUUCUUAG